AAGAUUCAUUCGUUUCCUAUGAUAGUUAACACCUAACCAAUCUAUCCAAUCAUCUUUGAUAUCGUAACAAAAAAAAGAUUAGGCAUAUAUUUUGUACAAAAUUUUAUUGUUUUAUUGUUUUAUUGUGUGUUAUAAUUUAAAGUUUAUUUCAAAUAGUGGUUAUACUGUACGUUCGACAGUGAAAUCGUCUAUGUAGGUGCUUUUUAAGGAAUGACCAAUGUUAUUGAAUAUAACAGAACGGUGAUCAAAUAUUUUGUAUUUUUGAAAAUUCGUUGUAACGUUAAAUUAAUUCACUGCAUUUGGAAUUCCAAUGGAAAACGAUUGGACUUACAAGACUAGAAAUGCCACCGAGAAUAGUGAUGAACAAUUUACCAAUAAUGAAAACCACAGUGAAAUCGUUGAUUUAUACUCUAAAAGUUCCAACUCAGUCUCUCCUAGAGACUCUUUGGUCUAUGCAGACACUAGAGAAUGUAAUGAUGAAUUUAGGACCAGUGAUCAAGUUAUUUAUAUAUCCUCAGAACUAUCGGAUUCUGAUAGUAUGAGCUAUGGAUCAGAGUGCUAUGAUAUUGAUACGACCAAUCAAUUGACUUCUGAAAAUAAUGAUGAAAAAGAACUAACAGAGUUAAUUCAAAGUGUGUUGAACGGUGAAACACCUGUUGAAGAUUCACCCAAAUGGCCUAGUAUAUUAUUAUUGCAUUCCCAAAAUUCAAUAGAAAUUUCUAAAGAACAAUUUCAGAGUAUGAUCAUGGAAAAAGCGGCAGAUAUUAUUAUCAAUAAACAUAAGUUGGGAGACCUAAUGUUUCAGACCAAAAUUAUAAAAAAAGAGCAAAAUAUAUGGUUAAGAAAAUUAGAAUAUAUAUGGAAAUUUAUCCGUAAAACACAUGAGAAACUAGAUAAAUUGGAUAGAAAACAGCCGGCUCCUACAACUAUAAAGGUUAGGUCAGUUGGAACAAAUGUGAAUAUGACACCAAUAAAUAACAUUACCGAAAAACCUUAUGAACCACGUAUGUACAAGGAUCUACCAACUAUUAAUAUAGACUGAACCAAGUAUACUGCACAAACUCAAUUUAUUUAAUUAAUACAAAUUAAUUGUAUGAUUAUCUUUUAUUAUUGACUGUAUGAUUAUAUUCAAAAUAAUUAUAAUUGACUGUUAUGGUCAACUAGUUACAAUGUAUCAAUGAAAUAUAUUUUAAUAGUUUCUAUUAAUUUAAUAACAGUCUAAAAG